UACGUACUCCGCCGUGCUAGCUUCAGUGGCUACUCUUCUGUGCCCGCUCGCUCGCCUCCUGUUGAUGUUGUUGAUGUUGUUGUUGUUGUUGACGACCUGAGGGACGCUAAACUAACUAGUUAACGUAUCCAGAGAACCGUAAACAUUCUCCGGAGCGCCUGAGUGACCGUGUCGGGCCGUCGCCAUGGCUCUGCAAGGCCCGGAGGAGCUGGGGGAGCAGGUCGAGGAGCCGGAGGAUCUGGACGACCAGGACGCAAGUAGCAUCUCUCCGGCCGAGGAGAUCACGCUGCCCUCCGGGCCUGGAGGCGACGAGGAGCCGGAGGAGGCUCUCCUGCUGCCCUGGGACCGCUUCUCCGCCUGGCUGCACUGCAUCUGUGUGGUCGGCUUCGACCUGGAGCUGGGACAGGCGGUGGAGGUUAUUUAUCCGCAUCAUUCCAAACUGUCAGAGAAAGAGAAAACCAGCAUCUGCUACCUUUCCUUUCCCGACUCUAACUCAGGUGAGUUCCUGUCUCUGCUUCUGUCUGACGUCUCAGAGCACCGCGGAGACUUAAUGAUAUGUUUGCAGAGGGAACAGGGCCAUUACUAUGGUUACGUGUAUUUCCGUCAGGUGCGAGACAAGUCCCUGAAGAGAGGAUACUUCCAGAAGUCUCUGGUCCUGAUCAGUAAGCUGCCCUAUGUGACCUUCUUCCACUCCCUGUUGAAGAUCAUGGCUCCAGAAUACUUUGAGAAACAGGAGCCCUGUCUGGAGGCUGCUUGUAAUGACAUAGACCGCUGGCCGACGCCCCAUCCUGGACGAAUCCUCACGCUGCCUAUUAUGGGCGUGGUCAUUAAGGUUCGCAUCCCAACCUGUUACGACAAACCAGGAACCUCGCAGCUGGUCCAGUCUGCACAGAGUGACAGUCAGGUGUCCAUCGUGCUCCCGACCAUCCAUGAAGUCGACCUCUUCAGGUGUUUCUACCCGGUCUUCUUCCACAUCCAGAUGCUGUGGGAAUUAGUGUUGCUGGGGGAGGCACUUGUCGUCAUGGCACCAUCGCCAGCGGAGUCGUCGGACACCGUGCUGGCAUUGGUCAGUUGUAUCUCUCCUCUGCGUUAUUGCAGCGACUUCCGGCCGUACUUCACCAUCCACGACAGCGAAUUUAAGGAGUACACCACCAGGACGCAGGCUCCGCCGUCAGUCAUUCUGGGUGUGACCAAUCCCUUCUUUGCUAAAACCCUGCAGCACUGGCCGCACAUCAUCCGCAUCGGAGACAUGAAGCAAGCAGGAGAGAUGGCCAAGCAGAUGAAAGUCAAGAAACUGAAAAACCUCAAAACUCUGGAUUCUAAACCUGGUGUGUACACUGCAUAUAAGCCGUAUCUCAACAAGGAUGAAGAAAUCAUCAAACAGCUUCAGAAGGGUGUUCAACAGAAAAGACCUUCUGCAGCCCAAAAUGCAAUUCUUCGACGCUACUUCUUAGAACUGACACAAAGCUUCAUCAUUCCUCUGGAGCGGUACGUUGCCAGUCUGAUGCCUCUGCAGAAGUCCAUCAGUCCCUGGAAGAAUCCUCCUCAACUCCGACCGUUCAUCCAGCAGGACUUCAUGAAGACGCUGGAGAAAGCUGGACCUCAGCUCACGUCCAGACUGAAAGGAGACUGGAUAGGACUGUAUAGGCGGAGAACGGAGCAGCUCCCGUGCGUCGGGACUGUUGCCCAAACUGAGGCUCACAUUGAGCCGUCAUCCUGGCCUUACCAGAGACCUGCAGGGUAUCCUCCACAACCCUCCCCCCUGACCUUUAACCCUAGUCUGCAACCCUGA